AUGGACGUUUUCCUUAGACCGUUAGUGGAUGAGCUUAAGCAAUUGUGGCAGACAGGUGUACGUACUAAAGACGCAGCAACAAACAUAUACUUCACAAUGAAGGCGGCGUUGUUAUGGACCAUAAAUGACUUUCCAGCCCGUAGUAGCCUAUCAGGUUGGAGCAGACAAGGCUACAUGGCAUGCCCAACUUGUAACCAAGACACUCCUUCAAUACGUGUAACUGGUAAAUGUGCUUAUGUUGGUCAUCGCCGGUUCUUAGAUGCCAACCAUCCUUGGAGAACAAGUCUCGACUUUAACGGGAGACCCGAGACACGAGACCCUCCGAGACAGUUUAGCCCAGCUGACAUAGAAGCUCAACUAGGUCGUUUAAUUAAUCGUCUACCAGGCAAGCAUCCAGAUUUUGGAGGUAGGAGGAUAACCCGGUCAGAUUUCGAGUUGAACUGGUCCAAAAGAAGCAUAUUUUUUGACCUUGAGUAUUGGUCUUCUCUGCAGCUGAAACAUAACUUAGAUGUAAUGCAUAUAGAGAAAAAUGUGUGCGACAGCUUGCUCGGUACUCUUCUGAUGAACGAUAAGAGCAAAGACACGCCAAAUGCGCGGUCCGACUUGGAAAAACUAAACAUUCGGCCGUCACAAUGGCUGAAACAAUUGGGUGGCAAGUUCUUAAGUCCCCACCCAAAGUACUCAUUCAAGUCCGAUGAUCGAAAACUUUUUUGUCAGUUUAUAAAAAAUGUUAAAUUACCAGAUGGGUUUGGAUCUAAUAUCAGUAAGAGGGUGACAGAUAACAAUGCUAACAUUACCGGGUUGAAAUCUCAUGACUGUCAUAUCCUCAUGCAACGUUUGAUACCGAUUGGGGUUAGAGGGCUUUUGACUAAAGAUACAUCUACACCAAUAGUAGACCUUUGUAUGUUCUUUAAGCAACUUUGCUCUAGAACACUAUCGGUGGAUGAUAUGAAGAAAGCAAAGGAUGACAUUGUUACCAUCUUAUGCAAGUUAGAGAUGAUCUAUCCACCUGCGUUUUUUGACAUUAUGGUUCAUUUACUUGUGCAUUUACCUGAUGAAGCGAUUGCGGGAGGUCCAGUAGCUUUUAGAUGGAUGUAUCCAUUUGAAAGGUACAUGAAAAAACUAAAGAACUAUGUUAAAAACCCGGCAAGGCCUGAAGGUUGUAUAGCUGAAUGUUAUGUGUUUGAAGAAGCUCUAACAUUUUGUUCAAUGUACCUUAAAGAUGUUCAGACUAAGUUCAAUCGCCCAGAUAGAAACGAUGAUGUCGUUGUUGAAAAAAGAAAGUUAUGGGUGUUUGAGUCCAAAUGUCGUUAUGUUGGCGUAAGAAAGGAGAAAUAUCUAUCAUUCAUCGAAAAAAGCAAGAUGGAAUGGUUUGUCCUCAAAAACUGCGCAGAAGUUAGGGAGUACAUGAAGUGA